CAGCAGCGACCGGGGUCAUAACAACGGGAUAUUCCGGCGCCGGCAUCUUUGUUGUUCCCAGUGACUUUCUCUUUCUUCCCGUUGCCGACAGCAGCAGCAGUCGACUCGCGUAUAUUAGUGCGUCCCGGCUGGAGCUGUGCGUUAUUCUGCAAAACCCUCUCCGCUGACACGACGCUCUCGUCUUCUUCGCUUCUCUCAUCCUACGGACGCAAUUAUGGCUGCCACAGCGGGCGUUUUGACGAAGGACAUCGUGAGCCAGUUGAGGAGCAAGUUCUACGCGGAGCCGCGCAACUUGCAGGCCCAGAACGUCUGCUCGCGGCUGGACCCGCUCGAGGCUUGCAUCUCGCGCAAGACCAUCCAGGCGACGAACCACGUGUACCAGCACAAAAUCGAGACCGAGGGAAAGCCGGUCACCAACCAGAAGAACAGCGGCCGCUGCUGGCUCUUCGCCACCCUCAACGUCAUCCGCGUCCCCUUCAUCAAGCAGCACAAUCUCGAGGAGUUUGAGUUCAGCCAGAACUACCUCUUCUUCUGGGAUAAGAUCGAGCGAAGCAACUACUUCCUCCACAACAUCGUGAAGACGGCCAAGCGCGGCGAUGCUCUGGACAGCCGAACGGUGAACUUCCUGCUGCAGGACCCGAUUCCCGACGGAGGCCAGUGGGACAUGGUGCUGAACUUGAUCAACCGCUACGGCCUCAUGCCCAAGAUCUGCUACCCCGAGUCCUUCUGCUGCGAGAACUCGAGCAGACUGAACGCCCUGCUCAAGAGCAAGCUGCGCGAGUACGCGCAGACUCUGCGCACCCUCGUCGACAACAAGGCCACCGAUGAGCAGAUCAACGAGCGUAUCCUCGAGCAGAUGACUGUGGUCUACCGGAUAGUGGGCAUCUGCCUGGGCGUACCGCCGGAAACUUUCACCUGGGAAUAUUACGACAAGUCGAAGAACUACCAGAGCGUGGGACCGAUCACCGGACCUGAGUUCUACGAGAAGUACGUCAAGCCGUACUUCGACGUCAACGACAAGGUCUGCCUGGUCACGGACCCUCGUACCACCAAUCCCUUCGGUAAGAUCUACACGGUUGACUGUCUUGGCAACGUGGUGGGCGGCAGGCCGACCAUCUACAACAACCAACCGCCAGAGCUCCUGAUGAAGCUCUGCGCCGAAAGCAUCAAGAACAACGAGCCCGUCUGGUUCGGCUGCGAGGUCUCCAAGAGAUUCAGCGGCAAAGCUGGCAUUGAGGACAUCGAGGUCCACGACUACCAGCUCAUGUUUGGCACCGAUAUCCAGCUUGGGCUCUCCAAGGCCGAUAGACUGCUUUACGGCGAGUCCUCCAUGACGCACGCCAUGGUCUUCACUGCUGUUUCUUAUGAUAAGGACGGCAAGAUAUCGAAAUUCCGUGUGGAGAACUCAUGGGGAGAAGACCGUGGAGACAAGGGAUAUCUCGUUCUAACAUCCGAAUGGUUCAACGAGUUCGUCUUUGAAGCGGUAAUUGACAAGAAGCUCGUGCCAGCUGACGUACUCGAUGUUUUCAAACAAGAUCCAAUCGUUUUGCCUGCUUGGGAUCCAAUGGGCACACUCGCUCAGUGAUAAUUUAAUGAACUAAUGUAUCUAAAUGUAUCGAAAAUCUUUUAUAACUGAAAAAAAAAGAAAUAAUACGAAAAGAAAUAAGCUAAUCCGUACAUAAGUUGAAUUUUUUGUAGUUUUUAUACUCAAAAUUGGUACUUAAAAAAUCAGAGAAUUACGACAUGAUUAACGUUUAAUAAUCUGAUUAGUAUGAAAAUUGUCAUUCGUCUGAAUACUUAUGUAAAUUUGAGUAUAAUUAGUCACAUGGUGUAUUAUUUGCGAUUUCAAACUGAUAAAUUAGAAUCAUCAGUCACAUUUAUGGUGCAUUUUUAACUUUUAUAAAUUGAAUUAAAUAAUCAUGCUGUCAAAAUUUAAUGAUAAUGAAUGAUUUUAGAAUGUGUUUAUUUCGCUACAAUUUGUAAAAGUACUAUACUUAUAAGCUCCUAACAAAUACAAAAAAUUAAAUAAAAAGACUAUACUUUGAAAAAA